UGCUCGCCGGCUGUGGAUCAACCGCAGCCAUCGCGACGACUACAGUGCUGGAUCGUUAGUGGCGCAAGCGCCGACAAUCGCAGCGUUUCCCGGCACACACCGUCAUCUUACAAAAUGAAAAAAACAACGAUAAUCUUGGCCUGCGCGGCAGCGAGCGCCGCCGCGCUGACGGCGCCGCCGCAGCUGCAGGACCUCAAAUCUAACCUCAAACUCAAGCUCCGGAAACAACAGCUGCUCCGAGCCACGGCAUCUCAAAACGUGACCACCCCGCGGCGCUACGCGUCGCGCGCGGAGCUCAAGGACACCUUAAUCAGUGAGCUGCAGCCGAACCCCUUUCAUUGGACGGAGUGGCCGUUCCGCAUCGGAAGUCUCGGCGCCUUUUACCUGAGCUACCCGCUGGCGUGGCAGGCGGUGCAGGCGCUGCCCAGUGCAUAAAUCUAAUUGUCGCGCCGCGUCUACCACGGCCCAACCACGCCAUCGACGCGACGCCGGCUCGAGCACCCGACUUACUGGUUGAUUUACGCACAGGCGCUGCCGCCGCCGAACCCUACCGAGGGCGGCUACUUCUUCUCGCUGAUGAGCAUCGUCUUUGGUACAUUAACGGCGUCGACCAUCUCCGACGCGACGGCGCGGCUGGCGGCGUUGCGCGCGGCGGCCGUCGAGGAGUGCACGCUGAUGCUGCCGUUGAUCAAGCGCUUGGAGGUUAUUCUCGUGUUGGAUAGUGAUGCGCCGGAGCGCGGCGACGACGUUUUUAGAGCUGUCGCUCGACGUUUACAUGCGCACUCAUGUGACUUCGUCGGCGGCGGACGGGAACGGGAACUCGAGCUCAUCGCCGAAGGUCAUGAUGCUUACUCCGAGGUCGUCCAGAUCCUGCAGCAAGCGAAAUGCUCCAACAUACGCGACCUCGACUUUGCGUUGGACGGCUGCGGCCGCCUGAUGGAAGCGCGGGGCGUGCGGUUGUCCCUCGAGAAUUCCGGUAUUCCCGACGUCCAGUAUUCGGUAUUGCGGACGUUAUCUAUUGCCUUAGCCAUCGCGUACACGUACCUUACCUUGGAUCGGGGCGAGAUGGCCGGCGUCCAGCCGCACGCCCUGGGCUUUGUGAUGGCCGACUCCGGAGUUGUUUUUGAUGCCUCAUUCGGAGUACACGCGCUGUUCGCCGUCGUCGCGUCUGCAUUGGUCGUCUUCAACUCCUUGGCGAUCGACGUGAACCUGCCCUUUUCUGGUGUUUUUCGGCUGGAAAGCGGAACGGUGGCCGCGUCCCUAAAAAACCUGCGGAGCGCGACGGCGCCGUAUCUGGACGAGCCGCCUGAUUCUCCUUCCGAGGUGGCCGCCUUGUAUUCUUCCGAGGACUAG